AUGCAUGCCGAGUUCAGGGCAUUGAGAGAACGUCUGCAAGUUUCAAACACCGCUUUAGAACCCGGGUUUCAAGCAGUCAGAAAAUUCUGCAGGCUCGUACGCGAGCAUCAAAUGCAAGAGUUCCACCUGAUUGCUAGGCACGGGGGAGCGCUUCUAAGCAAGCACAAGCAUAAACUAGGAGAUGAAGCUUACAUCUUAGCAGAACAAGUAUUCGUGGCCGCUCUGAAUAUUGGAGCGCUCGGCUCUGCAGAGCAAUGUCUUUCCUUUUUGACAACAUCGGUACCCAACGGAAAACGGGUUUUGAGGUUGAAGGGCAUGCUCCGUGAAGCGCAAGGCCAAUUUUACGAGGCGAGCAAGAUCUAUCGCGAUAUUCUGGAAAAACAUCCCGCCGAUUCUUUGACAUACAAAAGGCUCAUCGCAAUAGCCAAGGCAACUUGCACCAAUGAAUAUGUGAUCGAAUUACUAGUUGAAUAUUUGAACACUUUCAUGUUGGACGCUGAGGCUUGGCAAGAGCUCCUGGAUGCCUAUUUGAAGCAAUGUUGCUAUCAGCAUGCUGCGUUUUGUUGUGAGGAGCUUAUUUUGCUGCAGCCACAGAAUUACCAUUUUUACGUUUUGUACGCUGAAAUUUUGUACACUCAGGGUAAAUUCAAGAAUUACAUGCUAGCCAGAAAAUAUUAUUCAUUUGCUCUGGAGUUAUCUGAAGAAAACAAUGUCCGUGCGCUGUGGGGUUUGGCUUUGACAACUGAGGUUAUUCGGAAGAAUUGGCCCAAUGCGCUAAAUAAAAAAGAACUUGACAUGAAUUCAAAGUUGUUUCAAUUGGCGAAGGAUAUGUUGUUAUCAGAUGGUGCCAGUCAUCAGUCCAGCCAUUUGCAGCAUCUCCUCGACGUAGAUAACGCGACCCUAGAUCGACUGCAAUUCACAUUCAGCCAUAAAUGCAAAAAUGAUUAAAAAGAGAACCUUGCAGAAGCAACCCUUAUAAACCCUCAUGCAGAUUGAAUAUGCAGAAUUCAUAACACGUGCUCAGAGUGGGAUUUUGGCAGGUCGAGUCUCCCCCGCAUAAAAACAAUGUCUAUCAUUUUCUCUGUGGAGGGCCACAGGCUCUAUGUGGGCAUAUUGUAUAGAGUGGCCGCGGCUUUCAGCGCCUUUCGCGCUUGGGAUUGCUCCUUUGGGCAUCAUUUUUGUGCGACCCAUAAAUAUUUCUGGUGCCAUGUGCACAUGCGGAAUGGGUGGUAGAAAUCAAUUGUGUCAAGUGAAAUCAUAUGGUUUUUCCCUUUACAGAUGUUACAUCAGAAUCUAUGCAAGAACAGCUUCUGGAUCGUUUUUUGAAGCAAGUUGGCCAGAGGGUGUUACCCAGUUGCUCUGAUAACUCUUCGGAGCUAGACGCAUCAAGAAUGUCAUCAGAGAAAAAUAGCCGCAAGGAGCCACUUUCGAGAACGGAAGGACCCUUGACAGACGAGAGGUUGUCUGCGCCGGAAAGGGGAGAAGAGAGUACAUCUGAUUCUUCUCGCGUUCGAACGAAAGAUGGCUUUGCUGUCGAUGACGUGUUGGAAACCCAGGGCCCGUUAGGCACUUUACUCUCGGCGGUAGAGGAUGCGCGAGACAACGACGUUGCUGUCGAGGAAUCGAGUGAUUCCGAAUUGGUAUGUCAGUAUGGAUUUGAGGGCAUGGAUUCCUCAGGCGAGUCAUCGUUCGAAGACGGCGGAUUCAGGAGCGAGGAGAAAAAAAGCCGUGGCGACGCUGUCCUUCAUAGCUUGACAGAUACGGACGAAGCUUGGAGGGCGAGCGGUGAAUUGCCUUUGAAGUCACCGGUAGUUAAAGAAGGGGGUGCGGACAGAGGCCGAGGGGAUAAAGGUCAAGGCGACCUCGUCAAUUUUUUCUGUGCCAUAGAUGAGACCAAGUUUGUCGACAAAGAGGCGUCAAUGGAUGAUGAUAUAUCAGAGGACAUUAUUGAAAACGUUGAAAUGUCUGAUUGCGAAGACUUACCUGUUAAGGGUUCGUCUUCUGUUAAAGGGGUGAAGGACUCGUCGUUGAACGGCAAUCAAGAGGGUUUGUUAUCUCAGGUGAAACACGAUUUCCUGUUUUUGUACAAGAACGUGCCUAUUUAUCUCUACAAUUCGGAUCGUGUCGAAAGCACGUCGAGUCUGUUUUCUGGAAUUUCUUUCGUGAUCACGGGCAUUCGUGGAUUGGAGAAUAAUGAGCCUUGGCCGGAUCAGUUGAAGCGGUUGAUCAGGAAAAAUGGUGGAAAAAUCCUCAAUUUUCGCACUGAGCCGCGUCGUCGAAACGGGAACUAUUUAGCUGGGAACUCUUCGCAACUCGCGUUACCGAGAGCUAUUCUCGUGUCUGGCAGGCCCCAGAGGACAUUGAAGUACAUAUAUGCCUUGGCUCAGGGUGUGCCGUGUGUUCAUUAUCAAUGGAUUUUGAAUUCUUUGACAUAUGGGACGACGCAGCCUUUGUUUCCUUAUUUUCUUCCAGCUGGAUAUACACCGACGGGGCAGUUGGUCCAGCUGCCAGAGUGGUUCAUGCUUGAGGAUCAGAGCGAAGUGAGUCUCCUGCAAAGGCAUCCGUUUGCCUCCGUGAGUUCGAACGGGGAUUCUUGCGAUCUCGCUCGAAUAGAAGUUUCGGGCAUCAACGAGUUCAAACAGCAGUGGAAAUCCAUUUUGAAGUAUGCCGGCGCUAUGACUGUACACAGAGUGGGGGGGUUCGACUCGCUUAGCAGAAGAGUGGACUACAUUUUGUCGGACAGCAAUCCCAAGCCCUAUAUUUUGUCUUGGGUCAAGCAAAAGCAGGUGCCUCUAUGCAGCACGGAAUGGGCCGUGCAGACGCUCAUCCAAAGGAAGAUUCAAGACCCGAACAGUCACAAGAGCUAUAGGAUCCAUGUCGACGAAGAGGGCUGGUAGCUCGAAUUCGCCGACGCGGCAUUUGUGAGUGUAUAGGACUAGGUGACUUUGGCACCCGGAAGGAAAUUUGCGAGUCUCAGAGCCGGGCCGUGAGAGGUCGGGCCCAUCGGAGACAGCGGCGUCUCGAAUUAGGGUGGGUGUGUGCGUGCGAAGGAGUGCUGCGAACAGCUGUCAAAAAAGGUGGAUUGGCACCAGCAAAGUCGUGAGGGGGGGUAUUCGGGUUGCAAAUGUGCCCCGCGUGCGAUCGGAGGAGCGGAAGCCGUGGUCGCGAUUCGGAGCAGAGGAAGUCAUAAAAACACCGUUCAGAAAAACGACCGCGACAAAGAAGGUCCUUCGGCACAGCGAAAUGUGUGCUGUAAACACCGCGUACACAUGUGUGGAGAGACAUGUGUGUAUGUGAGUAUGGUUUCGCGUUCGUACACGCAAAAUGCGCGAGUGUAUAUAAGCUGUAGAGGCGAUUUAAGGAUAGGUUUUUUUAGUCGCCUGUUAGUCGACUUAUACUCUACGUAGUGCCAUGACCCCUGCGUCUGGCAGUUCUUCGACCCUAUGCGAGGCAGCCGAUUCCGCUACCGGAGAUGAGGUGUUGCUAGAUGUUGGCGAGGCAAAUCGCGUAGCAGAGAUGUGUGCAAGACAAUUGACGAAGUUGCAGGUGGCGGGCUUUUCGCAGGACCUUCAAAACCAGUAUAUCGACAUUUACACGAAGGUUGUGUGCCCGGAGGAUUUGCACGCCUUGUUCGACGAAUACUUGCUAGAGGUUCGUGUGCCAGUUUUUUUUUAAAAAAAUAAACGAAGCAAAUUGGGAUUUGUUGUGCUCUCACGAGCUCGAUGUGCUAA